ACAUGAUGCAACCAGGAAGCAAUGCGUUUAAUGUUUCUGAGCAUUGGAUAAACAAACGCUCAGCUGUGUCAAUACAAAACUAAUAGACGGGUGUAAACAUACUUCGCAGUGAAGCAUCGAUACUGUAACAUCUGCAGAGCGGCUCGCAUGCAAACAAACAGGAAAACUGAAGGAUUGUUUUAUCGAGUGCCAUCACAGUAAUAGAAUUAUUCGUACACAUUGAGCGUUUCUGUGUUUGAUUUUCUGACAGCCGGGCAAAAAUGUCUGACUUUGUCAUUUUACUGCUGAUUCUUAUUUUGGUCAUCUGUCUCAUCUCAACUCUGGUGGGCUUCGUUUUUUACACCGGACUUUUUUCUGAAGUCGUGAUUCGGACUGGAUCUCCUCCGGUGAAAAACAUCACGAUUGCAUACAAGUUCAGAAAGGGAUCGUACAAGGACAGCGGAGCUGCUUUUACUGAGAGCUGCAGUAUCGGACCGAAGCUGUCUUCUGUCGGUGUUUUUUACGAUGACCCCAGUCAGACUCAAGCAGAUCAGUGCCGCUAUGUAGUGGGCAGUAUACUAUGUGAAAAUGAAGAGAAACCCGAUGAAGAGCUACAGAAUCUGUAUGAGAAAUACGGCUACAAAGUCAUUUCCUUCCCAGAAGUCACCUGUGCCGUAACUUCCUCGUUUCCGAACAGAUGCACUCUGUCCCCCGUCUGUGGCGGUUAUAGAGUCUACCCUGAACUACAACAGUAUAUAAAGGAAAGGAGUCUAAAUGCGUACCCAUUCCUGGAGAUAUGCAAAGGAGAUCUGAUCCAUUACAUGUGUCCACUAGAGAAUCAGAAAGACUUCUGCGUGCCUGAACUUCUUGAGAAGAAAACAUCUGAUGACACGGAGGAAACAGUGGAGCAUAAAGACGCUGAUGUCACAGGGUCAGGGACGGGUGAGCUGGAGCAGAAGUCAAGCUCAGUGUUCCAGGAAGUGGUUGAAGAGAGCAGGGAUGUGGUGGAGGCCUCUGCCCCAUUGUUGGAAAGCUCUCAGUCUGGCCUGGGUGAGGAAGAGGAUCCCAGCGAGGACAAGGGGUCCAGCGAGUCUGUUGGCAGUGGCUCUUCCUUUGAAGAGCUGGACAUGGAAAUGGAAGAGGAGAAGAAAAACGAAGCAGAGGAGGAAGACCAUAAUGGACAACAAAAGCCUGUGAUGGUGGGAGAAACAAUCGGGAACAGGGAGGAGUGAGGGAUGAAGCGGAGUAGAGGGAAUGUGGGUAAAUGAUGAGCGCAUAUGUGAGUGUGGGUGCAUGUGUGAGAGGAAGAAAGUUUGUCAGUGUCUUUGAAAUCAUCAAAGGCUGUUUUUAUUUCUUCAUAAGUCUUUGAAAUUAACAUCCUUAAAUAUCCGGAAAAGUUACUUCUUUGUUAUCAGCAAACAAGCAAUUAUCCUUUUCAGAACCUUUUAUUAAUGACUUAAUGAAAUGCACAUUAUUCUUUGGCUUUGUAUUUAUUUCUAAGAAAACAAAUUGUAUAAGUUACUUUCUCUUUUGUCUUCCCACGGCAAUCAUAAACUACAUUCAGGCAGCAAGUAAAUGACACGCUCUGAAAAUGAGGUGACAUUGCUAACGCAACUAAAUGACGCUUAAUCAGACAUUUUAUUUCAUUUACACGUUCUACAUGAUGUAUUCAGUAGCGUUUGCUUCAAAACAUAAAUAAUUCAUGUCAAAUGUUGUCUGAUGCUGUAGGAAAAAUAUGAAAAAGAGUGAGAAUAAUAAAGUGCAUGUUUUUAUUAGUGA